AUGUUUGUGAAAGAAUUAUUACAAAUUUAAGAAUAUGUGGAACAAAAAAAGUCCAGUGGCAAACACGUAUCCUUAAAGCCCCUGAUUGAUAUUUGUGUCCAUAAAUACCAGAAAGAAGAAGUUUAAGAAGCAUUGAAUCAAGCAUUGACAAAUGAACUUAAAUCUGAAUGGAUUUCUUAACCAAACAUAGAUAUUUUGAUAUUAUGCUACAAAAGAUUGAAAUGUGAAGUUUCCAUGGAAUUAAUUGAGAGAACCUUUGAAAUUUCAAUUGAUAAUCUACAAACCACAAAAAGAAUACUCUCGAUUUGCACAGAGGAACAAUUGAGAAAUCUAUGUUCUAAUUAUAUUUCAACUUAGGGAUACAUAGAGAAAAUAGUUAAGCCUAUUUAUGAGAGUCUUUUGAAUGUAAAUGAUCAAACAAUGAUCAUAGUUGAUAAAGUGAAAAAGUUAUACAAGAACUUAUUUUCUUUAUUAAAAGUGCAAAAACAAUGGGUUUUGGAUAGAGCCAUGGAAUUCGUAUUAUUUUCAGAAGAUAUUUACACCGAGAAAAGUUAAAAGUUCGUUGCUCAAUAAUUCUAAGAAAUCAGAUCAAUUAUCUAUGCUUUCAUUAUAAAUGAUGAUGAAAUUAGAUUGAAUUUUGUCAAGUAUCUACCCUAGAUCUUCCAACAACACAAUCCAAAGAAUGUAGAUUUCAAAUUACAUUGUAGUGAACUAAUAAAAAUCGCUUUAUUCAGUAAGAGUGUUAAGUAAUUAAUGGUAUAUGAAUAAUUUUGGUAAGCUUUACAUGAUUCCUAUUAAGUUUACUCUGAUCUCACCAAUAAUAAAAUUUGUGUUGCUGUUUUAAAUGAAGUUUUAAUUAAUGUUGAUGAUGAAAAGAUAUAAUAGCAUUUCAAAUUGUUUACAGACUUAUUUAUUACACUAGAUAGCUUUGGAACUCAUUUAACAAAGGAUGUGUGGGUUAAAAUGGAUCCAUUUACCCAAUAAUAACAAUUUAAAAUAGACAAUGAACUGAAAAGAUAAUUAUUCUAAAAUAUUAAACCAUUAUUCAUUCUAAUCAAUAAAGCAGCAUAACACUCAAAUGAAAAAACAAUCAAGAAUUGUAUUAAAUCCUUAUUCAAAAAAUAAAUUGAUGUCAAUUAUCUUAAGCCUUUAAUCAUUGAAAUAAUUAUACCAGUUUUGAAUAAGCCAGUAUUUUAUCUUGACACUCCUUUGGAAGGAGACUCUAAAUUUUUUGAACUUCUUAAAUAGUUCUUAGCAAAGAUUCCUUAUAUUGAUGAUGUAAUUAUAUAAAUGGUUCGAAAUAUAUAAUACCCAUUGGCUGUUGGAGCUUUUAGUGUAUCCUUGAAAGAUGUUAAAGUAGAAAUUACAUAAUUUGCAUUACUCGUUCAAUUCAUUGAAUAAACUUUAAUGAGAUUAAAUUUAAGAAAAAGAAUACAAUUAUUAUAAGCCGUGCUCCAUUUAUUUAAAUAGAAUACUAAUCCUGAAUAAUUAUUUUAACUCAUCAAAGUAAUCCCUUUCGAUUGUCUUUUUUUGAACAACAUUGCAGAACUCUUGAAAUCAUUGAUAACUGAAGAAUUUUUAGUGUAUGCAUAAGAAUAACAAUAAGCAUUUGAUCUGAAUUCAAAUUACCAUUAAUAUGCUGUAAUAUACCAUUUGACUUAAGAUCAUAAGUUAUUCUUAACCUUUUAUCAACCAAUUAUAUCAUAAUUAUAACAAAUAUACACCAGUACUUAUACUUAAAAAGAAACUAAACAUAGAAUCUUAGAAUAACUAAAUUACAUCUUAAAAACAUCUAAUCAAGUCCAAUUUUUAGAAUAAAUAAGUUCUGGGUUAUUUGCCUAUUUAACUCUGGAUUUGGAAGGGGCUAUGAUUGUCACUGAAGAGCUUUGGAUAGCUUCAUUAUAGCAUUUUGAAUCAGUUCCAUUAUUGACUUAAUAGAUGAGUAAGUUUGUUGGUUUCUUGUUUUAGUAAUAGUUUGAUAACUUCAAUAUAAUUCAUUUAGAAUUGUUAAUUAAGACUUUAAAGGCUACAAAUAUAGCAUUACAAUAAGCCAAAAGAAAUAAAACAGGAUUAUUUGUUGAAGAACUAUUUUUAAAAUAUGGUUUGUAAUUAUUAAGCAAAUUGCAAUGCAUUGAGUAAGAUAGAUAAUUAAAAAACUUGACUUUACACUAUUUAAGUCACAUCUUAACAUUAUUCAGAGAAGUAAAUCAUAAACCUUAAGAAUACCAUACUUAAGUAUAAAAUUUAAUCAGUAAUAUAAUUGAUAUCACUGAUUAAUUCAAUGCUUAUGAUUCAAUAACUUUGUAUUAAUUAUUAAGAUCGGUGUAUGGACCAGAGAUAGCAUUCAAUAAAGAAUCAAGUGAACAAUUUAAGUAAGUUGCAAUAAACUCUUUUCAAUAGAUGAUGCAUGUGUUUGGAACUCAUACUAAUUUAGAUGAAAUAUUAGCAUAUGUAGAUUUUAUUAUUGAUCCAUGCUUUUUUGAAGGAGAAUUAUAUGAGGCAGUUGAAUAGGUUAUUAGAGUGAUAAUGAAACAGCACUAAAAACAAUGGGUUAUACAAAGGAAGAUAGCAAAUAAUUUAAUUAUAUGUUUACAUAAACAUCCUAAUAGAUUACCAACAUUUUACUAUAUACUAUUUAAGUUAAUAAAAGGGAGUGAAUUGAGAGGGUAUGAUUCUUCUGAAAUUUUGGCAUCAUCAGAAUAAUACGUCCCAUUGGCAAACAAUGUUAAGCAUUUGAUUUCAUGCAAAGGGGAAUUUUUUGGGGCAUAUCCAAGGUUUUUGAUAUUCAAUUUCUUAUUUGAAUUGGGAAAGCAAGGAGGGUAUGAAAAGGAAUUGUUGUAUUACAUUAAAUUCUUGAUAGAAGUAUCAAUUAAGGAUAGAUACAAGAAUGCUUAUAUGCAAUACACUAAAUAAUUCAGGAUGAAAUUGCAUGUAUGGUAGAAUAUUUGUUGCUUAAAAUUUUUAUUGAAGCCAGAAAAUUAUCAGAAAGUGUUUGGCGAUGAUAAGAAAUAUUUAGUAGAAUUGGAAUAGUUAAUUUGGAAGGCUUUCGAUACUUUGAACAAUCCUCAGUAUAGAUAAUAUAUUGAGUUGAUGAUGAGUUUUUUGAUAGAUAAUUACCCUGAUAUCUGGGCUCCAAGAAUUAUUUAAACUUUGAGUGAUCCAAAAUUAAAAGUAAAUAUCCAAAUCCCUACUACUUUCAUAUCGUGUAUUUUCCUAUUGCAUAAUUAAUAAAAUAAGUUCUCAUAGAAAUUCUUUGAUAAACUAUUUCCUUUAGUUAGUUCAAAUGUAGCCUACAUCAGAUCUCUUUGUCAAACUACUUGUUUAUAAUACAUAAAGAAGCAGAAAUUGGAAUACAAGGACUUCAUUGAAUAUUUUGAAAGUAAUAGGGAAUGCUAGAAGAUCAUUAAGAAUAUUGGUGCUUUGAUUGAAAGAUAUGAAAAAUUGAUGGUAACUUUCGAUUUGGAUGGAAUAUUAACAAUAUAAUUUGAUACAUUCGGUGAGAUUAUUCAUCCAUCCAUAAUUGAAAUACUCAAGAACACAUGCACUCAAACUAUUGCUGAACUCAAAAGUGAAGACAAUAUGAGUGAAAAUCCCCCUCCUCCUUGGUUUUAAUAUGUCGAAAGAUAAUAGUUGAGUACACAAUAUUCGUAAUAACUAAAUUUCUAAAGGAAAAUCAAUUUGAUAAUGGAUUAAUUUGAUUUAUUUAAGGCAUAUCAACCAAGAUAAAUUGUAGGAGACAUCAUUGUUGUAGCAACUUUGUUAGAAAAAAUACCUAAUUUUGGUCAUCUGACUAGAACUUGUGAAAUAUUUGGAUGCAGAGAAUUAGUGUUACCCAACAAAAAGAUCUUAUAGGAUGAAUAAUAUUAGGCUGUUAGUGUGAGUGCUGAAUAGCAUUUACCAAUUUUAGAAAUCAAGGAAGAUCAUUUAAUGAAUUACUUGUAACUAAAGAGAUUAUAAGGUUAUUAAUUGGUAGCAUUAGAAUAAACAAGUUAGAGCAAAUCAAUUGUGAAUUUCAAAUUUGACAAGAAGACUGUUUUAGUGUUGGGCAGAGAAAAGACUGGAUUACCUAUUGAAUACAUAGAACUAAUGGAUAAUUGUGUUGAGAUUCCUCAGUAUGGAGUUAUUAGAUCUUUAAAUGUUCAUAUAUCAGCUGUAAUUUGUGUUUGGCAAUAUGUCUAAUAGUGGUGUUGA